AAACUGCACGGGACUGUGACGAUUUACUUCCAUCCAUUAGAAAGUCUACAGCUGAAAAUAAUGAGCCGCUGGUUGGUGCUGCUGGUCAGUUUCGGGAUCGCGCUUUUGGCGUGUUCUCGCUGCGGGCAGGCGCGCGUCGGACAGAAUUCCGUCAGUACGAAGAUCCUCGGGGACAGUGACGCGCUGCCGAUAAACAGGAGCGCGUGGGAGCCGAGAGUGGACCUGACGGUCUACCAGUGCAUGAGUGACCUGGAGUGCAGAGAGGGGAACUACUGUCACACCUCCUCAAGACGUCCUGCCCACUCCCACUGCAAGACCUGCCGCAGAAGGAAGAGGCCCUGCCUCAGGGACACAAUGUGUUGCCCCACCAACCGCUGCAGCAACAAUAUUUGUGUUCCUGAUGUGGACGGCUUUGUGUCUGAGAGGAUUCCAAACACUGAUGGAGCGCUAAGCACGCUCACCAAAAAGAAAGGCGGGAGGCAGGAAGCCAAAGGAUCCCCUGGCAGAAGUCAGGUCGGGAAUCCUUGCUUGCGCUCAUCCGACUGCUUGGACGGUCUGUGCUGCGCCCGUCACCUUUGGACUCGCAUCUGCAAGCCCGUGCUACGUGAAGGACAGGUGUGCACGCGACACCGACGCAAGGGGAACCACGGUCUGGAGCUGUUCCAGCGCUGUCCCUGUGGGGACGGACUCAUCUGCCGGACACUGCAAGAACCCGGUACCCAACUAGCUGCAGUGUCACGGUUCAACUUCUCGGCAACCUCAUCUCGCUACUCCUCAGGACUGUCUUCAGGCUCUGCAUCACCAGCCAAGGCAAGGCUUCAUGUGUGUCACCGAUCUAAAUGAAGUGGACAAACCAAAAGAAUGACUAAGGACUAGUGAGUUGCUCUUUUUGCCAAUGACUUACCUCAGAGACAGAAAAUGAAGACCUGUGGAAUGAAGGGAGGGGUGAAUAACAUAACUUGUUACAUGCAUGACAACACCCGUGGCCCCUCCCCCACUACUUUUUACAGUGUUCCUACAUGCUAAUGCUAAUUAGCUUCCUGCCAGGCUGCACUGACAGGCAAACUCAGCAGGAAGUGAAACUCUUUGUGGUGCAGAUCUUGUUUCCUCAUUUGUGUCUAGACAAGCAGAAACCACUUUGAAAUCCAGUUUGACCCCAUUUACACCACCACGAAAAGAACCGGUGUUUGAUCCCUAAUGCAUAUCUGCUGCAACUGCCUCCAGCACAUGUAUUCAUAUGCUGAGAUUUUGAAGAAACUUGAAAUGAAAAGGUUUUGUUUUCAUAUUCCCAAAACAAAGAUAACAUCAUUACUUCGUUACUAAAGAGGAAAAAUAGUUAUCAAACAAGCCUGUAUUAGCUAAAACGUUGAAUUAAAACUAAGAAGGAAUACUGAACUCAAUCUUCAAACACUUCUCCACAAUUUCAACCUGUAAAGAAAAAAGAAAAUAAGCUUUUACAGGUGUUAAACUAGGUGAUGAUUUUCAACUGAAGCACUCAAGAGGUGCAAAUAUUACUCUAACCCAUUGGACUUCAGAGACCCAAGCGUUAAAUUUUCUGAAAAAAUACAUUUGUAGUUAUAUAAUGUUACAAUAAAAUAAUGUUCCAAAACAGUGCCUCAAAUAUGUUAACCUUCUCUUCUUUUGUCAAAUCAGAGGCAUCUAAAAAAACAAUAAUGUGCUUGAGGCUGGAGCACAAAAUUAUACCAAGAACCUCCAAAUUUAAUCUUUUCUUUAGGAAAAUUUAUAGUAAUGAUAAAAUAAGGAACCAAAAAUUCAAAAAAAGAGAAAAUAAUUCAAUAAAAUAAUUCAAACAGUUUUUUACACAAACACAUUUAAAAACAUCCUCAGGUUUCAGGUCUGAGGCCUGUCGAGAGGAAUUACUUUCCUGUAAGUGGUGUCUGUAUAUUUUUGAGUUAAUGUUGGUGUAAAUAUGUAUCAGAUUUAAUUGGUUGUAGCACUCUGCUGAUUUUAUACCAGCAAUCAUAAAGGAAAUUGUAAUGUAACAUAAAAUUAUUUGUCAAUCUAAGUUGAAUAUAGUUGAACUCCUUAAUAUUUACCUUUUAAGCUAUAUGGCUGAAAGUAUGCCAUGUUUGGAAAGUGUAAUGUCUGAUAACAGCCCACAAGAUUUAAGCUGUCAUUUCCAAUCAUAAUCAGUUAUUUUUCUGUUUCAUUAUAGUUGGGAUACUUGUAAGAUGCCCAUUUCUAUUGGAUUUGUUAUUGUUUACUAGCAGUUAGCUUGUAGCAAAUGGUAGCCUAGUUAGCUAACAUCAUAAUAAAUGUAAGUUGUGACUGUGA